AUGAAUGCGGAACAGUUUAAUUUGUUGUUGCAAGCUGUGCAAAAAUCAAAUAACGCUUUGCUUAAGGAGUUUCGUUUGCGGCGGACACAUCAACAAAUUGAUGCGCCUUCUUCAACUAUAGAAGCAGUUUCGUCAAUAUUCAGGAAUCUAUCUGACUCAAUGCUGGAGUUUUGCUAUGAUCCUGAAAAUAAUGUCACAUUUGCAUCAUGGUACAAGCGUUAUAAAUCAGUUUUCGCUAUAGAAGCAGCACAUCUCACCGAGCCGACUAAGUCUCGAUUGCUCAAUAGCAAAUUAAAAAAUUUUGAUUUCGAGCAAUAUGCAAACUCAAUCUUACCAAAGCAACCCCAUGAGCUUACACUCAUGCAAACGGUUGCCAAACUCUCGUCUAUUUUCGGAUAUCGCCAACCAAAAUUUUCUCAGCGCCAAAAAUGUCUUACAAUUUCAAAACAGGAUUAUGAAGACUUUGCUCAGUAUGCAGCUCGCGUCAACAAACAUUGUGAAAAAUUUGACAUCGUUAAUUGCACUACCGAUGAGUUUAAAGCACAAAUCUUUGUCAAUGGCUUGAAGAGUUCACAUGAUUCGUUAAUACUCGAGAAACUCCUUGCAAGACUCGACAAUGAAUCAACACAGUUUGGUGCACUUCAGACACAGGCGCAAAAGGAUGCCUUCAUGCACUUAACACUUCAAGACCUCACUAAUGAAGCUGAACGUAUAAUCUGUCUGAUGCAAGACAAAUACACUGUCGUCCAGCCAUCUUCAAGUUCAGAAGUUCUUGCAAUUCACCAUCGAUAUCAACGCAAAAAUGAAUCAUUACUAUCAAAUUCUUCAACAAAAGACGAAUCUUCGAAACCACCAACGCCAUGUGGGUGUAGUGGAGGUCUUCAUUGGGUUAAAGAUUGCCCAUUUAAAGGCAAAGAAUGUUCAGCAUGUAACACUAUUGGCCAUAAAAAUGGUUACUGCAAUAUGAAGCCAAGCAAGUUGCGACGCAGAAAAUCUCAGCCUGACGCAUCAUGUGUGAAGAAAAUUGACGAAACUAACAGAACGCAGCAGCAUCGUAGAUAUGUCAGACCAAAUCUCAAUGGAUCUACAAUUAAACUGAUAUCGGGUCGGACUACUAAUAAAAAAGCUGGCGAUGCUUCUGGAAAUGUAAUUCCUCUUCUGGGCAGCUUUGCUUGUGUUGUGAAACUAAAUGGAAGAGAGGAAUAUGAUGUGUGUUAUGUCACACCACUUAAGUUGAACGUGUUUGGAAUUGAUUGGAUAACGACAUUUGACUUAUGGUCGGUGCCUAUCAGUUUCUUUUGCAAAGCAAUCCAACUAAAUAGUAGCGAUAAAUUAAACGAUGAAAUAAAGGCUAGAUUUCUGUCUCUCUUUUCUAAUGACCUUGGUUGCUGUACGAAGACCCAAGCGACUCUGAGGCUAAAAGAAAGAGCGCGACCUGUUUAUCGUAACGCUCGACCAGUUCCAUAUGCAGCAGCUCCCAUAGUUUCGGCAAAACUUGAACGUCUUCAACAUCUUGGAGUAAUUUCACCAACUGAAUACUUACAGUCAGCGGCGCCAGUCGUAGUUGUAAGAAAGAAGAAUGGAAAAAUUCGUAUAUGUGCCGAUUAUUCUACAGGUCUAACUGACGGUCUAGAGCCAAAUAAAUAUCCUCUUCCAACGCCUGACCAAAUAUUCUCCAAACUUGCUAAUAAGAAAGUCUUUAGCACAAUUGACCUAUCAGAUGCAUUUUUCCAGAUUCCAUUGGACCAAGAAUCUCAAAAACUGAUGGCUAUCAAUACUCACCUCGGCUUAUUUAAAGUACUUAGACUGCAGCAAGGUGUUAAAACAGCCCCUGGCAUUUUUCAACAGAUUGUUGACACAAUGCUUAGCGGAACCAAUACCAUUGGGUUUAUUGAUGAUAUGAUCUGUUCGGGAAUUAAUGAAGAAGACCACAAAACUCAACUGUUUAAAACCUUAAAGCGUAUUCAGGAUUAUGGAUUCAAACUUCGUUUCGAGAAAUGUAAGUUUGGAGAAACAUCUGUCGAGUUCUGCGGACACACGGUAGAUCAAUAUGGUAUCAGACCACAUCCAGGGAAACUUCGAUCAAUCCAAGAUCUCCCACCACCAACAAAUUUGCAACAAACAUGA